CGAGCGCAGAAACCGUUCCUCGGCCGCGGCUGAGAAAUCAUCAGUGAGCCCACGGAAGCUACGAGAGCGGCACGUUGAGCGAGAAAAUAUCAGAGCAAUCCGUUGAGAUUGUAAAUUGAAGCGGUAACUCCAAGGUUCAGAGCAAAAGACGUCAAAGUUUGCGAGUGCAAUAAAAGUGACUUCGGCCGUCAUAUCGUGUCCCGAGCCUCGACGCGUACUGAGCGGACCGGCAAUACUGAUUCGAACAUAAAUGAUACGGUCAAUGUGACUGCUCGCAACCGAGUAUGACAUGUCCACCUGGUUUGGAAUAUCUUUUGAACCUUGAUUAUCUUCUCGUAAAUCAAAAAAAUAUGGAGGUUAACGGAUGGCAAACUAGAAGGAACAAGUAUGCUAUUACGGAUAAUAACGGCGAGAGAGUGUUCUACAUAGAGCAGGAAUUGCGAACCUACUGGGGAACCUGCCUGCGAAAGUAUAAUUCAUUUCACGAAUACAUCACUUACGACAGAAAUCAACAAGAGAUUCUUCGUUUGGUUCAACCCUUUGUGACAUGCUGUUCUCUUGCGGUUUUACAAGUGUAUUCCGGAACUACUCUAUUGGGCAGCGUUACUCAAGAGUGGGGUUCUUGGCGACCGAAGUUUUAUAUUCGCGACGCAUCCGAUCAGGUAGUAUUGGUGAUCAAAGAAGACGCAAUUUUUAAGAUCAAAUCUCUGGAUGAAAAGUAUGACAUCGGCAUGAUUCAAAAGCAUGGGAGAAGCUUUUCUCAACUGUUCAACCAGUUCCACGUUUCGGAUAAAUAUAACAUUAACUUUCCGCACGAUCUCGACGUGAAAAUAAAGGCUGUACUGCUGGGAGCAACUAUUUUAAUAGACUUCAUUUUUUUCACGAGGCGGAGAAGCAGAUAAGUCAAUCUGUCUCAAUUUAAAAAAAAAAAGACAGAAGCGAUUCGUCUAUGUCAGCUUUAUAUGUCCAUCAAAAAUAUUUUGUUAUGUAUCAAAUAAGUACUUUGAAAGAUUUUUAACUAUGGAAUGCAACGCAAACGAAGACGAGCGCUGAGUAUGUACACAUACUCAGAAUGAUAUCUUUCCAGUCGACAUAAUUUGUUACUGCCUAUAUAAUUUGGAAAUAAUCGUUUUUAUAACAGAUAUAUAGUAAUAUUUAUAUUACAGUUACUUCUAUCUGUUGCUUUCCUGUAAUGUAAAAUAAAUGUACGAGUGCUACAUAUUAUACAUUUGUACAACAAGUAUGUGAUGCUUUAAUAUAUAGCCAAUAUGUAGUGUGUAAUUAUGGCAACAUGACUUAAAUAUAUACAUAUAAUAUUCAAAUGGC